UUCUCAAUUUAUCUGACAAGCCGAUGUAGGUUAAUAGAACCGCACACGUAUCAAAGUAUUACAGAUUCGGGUGAUUUUCCACCAUAGAAUUUUUUUUCAAACGUGUUUUGCAUCUAUAUUUUAUUUCUACAAACUUUUUCCAGGAAACAGACUGUACCAUCGCUUCGUAGGUACGGGAUUAUGGGAACGUCCAUUUGACCGGGAGACAUUUAUUAUAUGCUGUCUGGUGGAAAAUGUCAUGUGCAACGAUUGAAUUUCAAAACCAGACCCAGAGUUCUCAUACUUCCUCCAAGGGUGGUGUCUUUGUCGUACCCAAACUACUUGCAAAAACACCAAGUAAAGCACGUGGCUACUGUUCACCACUAGCAACUGACCAACUGAUCAUGGGCCCGCUUACAACCCCUACAAAAGGAAGAGAUGGAGGGUCUGGUGAGCCCUGGACACCAACCUCCAACCUCAAAAUGUUAAUCAGUGCCGCAAGCCCAGACAUCAGGAACAGAGAGAAAGAGCUGUGCAUUGACAAUGAUGGUGGGGAGACCGUUGAGUCUUCACAGGACACUGAACUCGGGGAGGAGGCAGAGAAAAUGAGCAGGAAGGAGAAGAGUCUGGGUUUGUUGUGUCACAAGUUCCUCGCUCGCUACUCAGAUUGCCCUAACCCUGCUGUCAACAACAACAUCUGUCUAGAUGAUGUUGCCACUGAACUCAAUGUGGAGCGGCGGCGAAUUUAUGAUAUCGUGAAUGUGCUGGAGAGCCUACAUAUGGUCAGCCGUUCUGCCAAGAAUCGCUACAUUUGGCGCGGCCAAGCCAAACUGACUCAGACCCUGGCCCUUCUAAAAAAGGUGGGCGAGAAGUACCGUUACAGUCAGCAGAUGCAGCAGAUACGCCAGCGGUGCCUGGACAAGGAAUUUGACUUUGAUGGCGAGGAAAAGGAGAAUGAAGAUAUGGCUGACUUGGAAAGCAGUGCAGACCAGGGACAAAAAGAAAUGUGCUUUGUUGAGCUCCCUGGGUUGGAGUUCAAAGCAGCGUCUGUUAACAGUCGGAAAGACAAAUCUCUCAGGGUGAUGAGCCAGAAGUUUGUUAUGCUCUUCCUCGUCUCCAGUCCCCGUGUGGUCAGCCUGGAGGUGGCUGCCAAGAUCCUCAUUGGAGAGGACCAGGUAGCAGAUCAGGACAAGAGCAAGUUUAAGACCAAGGUGCGGCGGCUAUAUGACAUUGCUAAUGUGUUGCGGAGCCUGAAGCUCAUUGAGAAGGUCCAUGUCACAGAGGAGAGGGGGAGAAAGCCAGCCUUUGAAUGGAUCGGCCCUGAAGAAUUUCCCAAUGUUAAUGACCUGGAAAGCUCCACAUCUGGCUGUCCCUCCACUACCAGCAGGGUGCUGGAGUCCCGCUCCUCUGUAGAGAACUGUGCCAAAAACCUCUUUUCAUCAUCAGGUACUAAACACAGCUUCACUCGUCAUCCCUCCCUCAUCAAGCUGGCCAAGACCGUUCAGGCUGAUCGCCGCAAGAUUAGCUCUGCCCCCAGUAGCCCCAUCAAGACCAUCCUCAAUGAUUCAACAAACAAGAACUUUCCCAACAAAAUGGCCCAGCUUGCUGCUAUUUGUAAGAUCCAACUUGACCAGCAAUCAGGAAUACAAUUCUCUUUGUGUUCCAGGACCGCAAAUAAAGAUUCAAAGCCUGCUGUAACUGAGACUGUGGCCUCAACUGCUGAGCCAAAGCAGAAUGUUGCUAAAACUGCAAAAGAGCUUAAAUCCACGGCACCACCUGUGACUCAGGAAGCCACAAUCAACACUACAGUCCAGCUCACUCCUACCACACAGCUCCCAGCCCAGCCAACAGGAACACUUUCCUAUCUCCCUGCACAGUGCCCACCUCUCAUCCCUGUAUUAUUACAUCAGCAGAAAGGGAGUGGGCCAUAUGCUGUGUACCUGCACCCUUCUUCUCUUAGAUCGCACCCCCUUGCAAGGCCCCAGCCGACCAGCCUCGCCGUGCGCUCCAUGACAUUUGAGGAUAGGACCAGCCAGAGUCCAAUGGGGGCCACAGCUGUAGGGAGCCAGCCUUCCUCCGGGGCCUUAGAGCUCAGCCCCUUGGCACCCAAACGCCUCAGUUCAGACACCACCACAGAGAGCAGUCCCUCCAAAGCAAGGAGAACUGACCCCGGUUUCAAGGACACUUCCCCAAAGCUGUGUGAGAUCCUGCAGGCCCGUCUGAAAGCCCGUCGUGGAGGUCUCCUUUCUAGCCGGCCCUCGCCUCGAGCUCUGCACCUGGACCCAGAGUUUGUUAACACCCCAGUGGGAACCACAGCAAAUCAGACGCUAGUGCAGAGUGUGGAGAACUUUCUGGAGAAGGAGGACAAAGUGGCUGGCUCCGACACCGAGGCGGUGUCAACGCCCGUCAGAGCUGUUCCCUUCACACCUGGACAGCUCCAUACUGAGACUUUGGUGCCAGCAGGCUACCUGAUCCCCAUCUCCCAGCAGUCCCUCCUCAGCCUCGCAGACCCUCAGGGCCCCAGUACAGAAAACAAGGCCCAGACUCCUACUUGUAAUAUCUACCAUACGCCAACUGCAGGCUCCAGACCUCCACUGGCACAGAUCACCCCUUCUAGCCUGCGUCUCCAAAGACCCCCCUCUGUCUCACCUCACUCUACUCAGGGCCACCGCAUCCACAGCCCCAGUCCAGCCAUCCUCAAUUUCACCCUGCAGAACCUGGGCCUCAUACAGAGCCAAGGGAACCUCUACCACAAUGAGCAUGCCGAUACCCUGCCCAGCCCAUUGCCUGCCCAACUGGGUCUGCAGCAGAGGGGCAUGGUUUUUGUCAAGCCCAUGUCCCCUGCACCCUUCCAGCAGUCUUUACCUGGCCAGCCACUCACACUCAUUAGCGUACAACAGCCUCUGAUGACCACACCCAAAGGGGCAGGACUUCCCCAGCACAGCUUCUUCCAAACCCCCGUCUCGCUCUCACCUCUAGCUACUGUGGUAACCACCAGCGGACAGCCAGCUGCUAAAACCGUUUACAUCCCACAGAGGAAACUUGAUGUUGGCACAGAAGACUCAUGAAAGCUUCACUACCUUUCUACACACUCUGUUUAGAUGCCUUCAUAUUCCUAUCUAUGAAAUGUAUACAGUAUGGAUAUGAUGUUUGUGUUGCUUGUGAAGGGGAUGUUGUAGUUAUAAGGGUUUUUUUUCUGUCAUUCAUUGUCAUUCCAUACUUGUAUGUGGAAAUUGUGUAGGAACUAACUUAACGUUUCACUCUCACUGACCUUUGUAUUACAGCCAUUUCCAAAAAUAGUUGUGAUGCAGACUACAGUCAGAGAGCCGCUAUCGCCACAAUGAUUUCAUACGCUGUACACCAGAUUCUGGUGAAACCACAUUACUUGAUGGUGGAAAGAAAUGUUUUGUGAUAAAUAUAUGGGUGCUGGAUUCCAGAUGGUGUUACCAAACGGUGAAGUUAUUUUUCUUGGAAAAUUACAAGAAUUGUGCCUACCUGAGUCACAUGGCUGCCAAAAUUAUUUUACUGUUGAUAUUGACAAGCAUAGACAAUGCUGCAUCUGUGUCAUUUGAGCUUUGACCUGAACAGAAAGGAAACCCGUUUGACUGAGACUGCUUUGAUUGGGUUAAUUCUCAUUUUGUUUUUAGGUAAAAAGUUUGAGAUUUUUUUGCACAUUGUACAUGUUAACUGUUGAACAUUUUAAUUAAAGAUGAUUACUUGUUGUGAAUUCUGGUACUAAUCAGGCAUUUUGUUGAAUUUAAUUUAUAAAAUUCAUUUCAGAUAUAAUGCUAAGUGGAAAAUG